AUGAAGCUCCCCCGGCCGCGGCCCGAGGCGCCGCCGCCCUGGGGCUGCGCCGUGGACCAGGCGCUCAUGCUCGCGGUGUCGGGCUGCCUCCUCUGUAGCGCUUUCGCGUGCGAGGCCGUCCGCGUCGUCGCCUACGUCGCCCACGUCCUGCGGCGCAAGGCGAAACCGAGCCGCGACGAGCCCCAGGUGACGGUGCUCAUCGACGGCGAGUGCUGCGUCUGCGACGCUUUACGGUCCUUCGUCCUCUUCCGCCACCGGUCCGACGGCGAGGGCCUGCGGUUCCUGCCCGCGCAGCGCGUCAUCGACUGCCUGGCGACGCGGCACCAGCCGCCGGAGAGCGAGUACGACGAGCGCCACAGCGACUACGACGACGCGCGCGACGUCGCGGACGUGCUGGAGGUGAAGCGCGUGGACCCCGCGAGCCUGCUGCGGAGUUUGCACGUCCUGGACCACGGGCCCGGCGACGUCGUCCUCGACGACGCGACGACGCACGUCGGCGCCUACGGCGUUUUUCGGUUGUUCGACGACUGCCACUGGCCCUACCCUCUGGUGGCGUCCAUCGGCGGCUCCCUGGCGCCGCGCGUCUUCGUGGACGCGUGCUACGGCUGCUUCUCCCGGAACCGCCACGCGUGGUUCGGCCGGCGGAACCCGCUGGCGCCCCUGGGCUCCGAGACCGUCGACGACGCCGCGCGGCGGCGGCUCGUCGUGCGGGAAGCCGUGUUCUUCACGGGCUUGCUGGUUUUGGCCUUUGCGGUGCUGUGGCUGCCCUACGGCGACCGGCGGAAGGAAGGGUCCACGCAGGAGCUCGCGCGAGUGGCGACCGCGGGUUUCGUGGUUUUGCUCUUCGCGUCGGACCUGUGGGGCGAGGACCGGGAGUCGGUCAUGAAGCCCGUGCACGCCUUCUUCGAGCGCUACGUGGGCCACGCGUCCGCGCGUUCUUUGGCGUGCACGCGGUGCUCGUGCGCGCUGAUCCUGCUCAUCUUCACCGCGGACGUCGUCACGGCGCCCCUCGCGGAGACGGCGGCCGUGCCGCGCUGGAUGUGCCGGCCGACGGGCGUCGUCAAGCUGGCCUUCGACUACGGCUACCUCGACGGGUUAUUGGCGGACGCGUCGCGGCUCCGGCUGCUGGAGAAGGCGACGCGGGGGAGCCUGGCGUGCGUCGCGUGCGGCUUCGGCACGCCCGUGGCGGCGCCGGUGGCGGCGGGCCUGUGGCUGCUCUACGGCGGCGUCCUGCGGUCCUACAACACGUGGCGGGGCCACAGCUUCAUCUCCGCGUGGUGGACGCUCGUCGUGCUGGCGGUGCGCGGCGGCUGCGCGGACGCGUGGUCCGUCGACGGGCUGCUCGCGGCGCUCGGCGCGUCGCUGCGGCGGCGCGUGCUCCGGGGCGGCGCGGGGCGGCGCGCGGGCUACAAGCGGCCGCGGAGCCCGUCGUCCGCGCGCGCGGCGGAGAUGACGCGGUCCGCGGAUCGCGGCUGGACGCGGUUCCUCGUGACGCUCAUCUUCGCGAACAACUACUUCAUGGCGGGCCUGUCGAAGCUGUGCGCGUCGGGCGUCGCCUGGGCCUGCGGCGAGAACCUCAAGGCGAAGUUGCUGCAGACGACGUUGACGCAGACGUCGUUCGGCGUGCACGCGACGCUGCUGCUUCGCCACCUGCCCGACGCGUUCUUCGGCGCGUUGGGCGCCUGCGGCCUCUUUGGAGAGAUCGCCAUGGGCCUCGUGCCCUUCGCGUCGCCGGCGAAGCUCCUGUUUCCGGGAGCCAUGUGGCUCAUGCACGUCGGCAUCGCGGCUUUGCAGCACAUCGUCUUCGUGGACCUGCUCCUCCUCAUCCCCGCGUGGUACCUGUGGCACUGGUGCGACCACAGCGCGCGGCCGCGCACGGCCUUCGCGCGACCGCACCCCUGGGACUGGCGCGAGUGGUACGCGGGCACCGCGGGCUCUGUCGCGCGCGGCUACGCGGCCCUGUUCGGCGCGGGCGCGGUCCCGAAGCCCCCCGUCGCGUCGUCGCCCGUGCUCAAGCGCGGGGCAAAACUUUCAAAAAGCGAGUGCCGCCUCGACGAGGCCCUCUUCGCCGCCGCGGACGCGUCGCCGCCGUCCGCGGGAGGCCUCCCGAUGCACGACGCCGCGUCGCUGUCCGACGACGAGGCCCUCGUCUACGACGCGACGAUGCGCCGCGGCGCCGCGCGCACGAUCGCCUUCAUGGCCGUCUUCCUCGCCGUCUGGACGCGCGGCGCGGAGUGGUACCCCUACAACGCGUUUCGCAUGUUCGCGGACUGGACGCCGCGGCCCAUCUUCUACGAGCGCUACGUCACCUACGACGCCGGCGGCGACCGGGGCCGCAACUUCCACUACCACGAGCUCAACGCCGUGCUCAACCGGAAGCGGCUCAUGGAGGGGCUGGAGAGCUGCGCGCGCGAGCCGGAGAGCCACCGGUGCGCCGCGUUCUUGGACUUCGCGGAGCCGCGCGCGCGCGCGAUGGCGGGCGCGCCGGCGCACCUCGUCGUCCAGACGCGCGCCUGGGACUUCGGCGCCGACCUCGACAAAGCGGGCUACUGCGACGCCAUGACCGUGCUCGACUACGACGCCGGGGAGCAGCGGACGCGGGUGGGGAGCGCGGACGAGCGGCCGAGCGCCGUGCUCCGGCGGCGGGCGGCGGGCGGCGACUUGGCGACGAAGAAGCUCGUCCAGGUCGACGGCGUCGCCGGCGGCGGCGCCCCGGGCGCCGUCUACCGAGUCGACCUGGGCGAGGCCUGCGUCCUCGAGCGGCGCUUCGUGGACUUCGUGGCGCUGCGCGACGAGCUGGCCGUGGCCUACCCGGCGGUGCGGGCCUUCCGGUUCCCGUGCACCGGCUCCGCGCGCCGGGCGGCCGGCGCGCCGGACGCCGUCGCCGCGGCGGCGCGCGAACUGCUCGCGGGCUGCGCGACGCUCGACGGCGGCGCGCCGCCGGAGGCCUUGGAGGACUGGGUGGACCGCGACGUCGUCGAGGUGUCCGCGCCGGAGCUCUCGCGCGGGCGCGCGGCGGCGGAGAAGCUGCGGCGGCGGCGCUGCGGCGUCCACGUAUCCUUCGCGCCGUCCCUGGUCCACAAUUUCUACAAGGUCGUCGUGACCGACGACUCGGGCGCGACCUACGCGACGCGGCUCCGCUUCUCGGCCUUCCGCAAGGCGCACGGGCACCUGGGCCACCUCGGCUUCCCGCCGACGCCCGCGAGCCGCCACCUCGGCGUGCCCCUCACGGACUCGCAGCUCCGCGCGCGGCUCGCGGGCCUGCGCGCCUACGUCCAGGGCGCCGUCGGCCUGUUGCCGGACGCGUCGGCGGGCAUGGGCGCGUUCCUCGAGGCGCUCGACUUCGUCGAGGAGCCCUGGGCGGCGCCGCGGCCGCCGGCCUACGGCGAGGCCGCGGUCCACGACGCGGCGCUCGGCGCGUUCACGGACGCGCCCCACGCGGCGGCGCCCUUCUGGUGUCCCGCGCGCGUCGACGGCGAGCCGCCGACGCCGGGCGCGCGCGCGUCCGAGUGGUCCGCGGCCGACGACGGCGACUACGCCGUGCAGCUCCUCGUCGAGGCCGCCGCGGGGCUCGACGCGGGCCACGAGGGGUCCCACGUCUACGCGACGGCGCGGCCGUUGCGCGUCGCGUCCGGCGGCGAGCUCGCCUUCGACGACGAGCGCGUCGCGCGGGGCGAGCCCCGGGUCGUCGAGGCGCGCGAGUCCGGCGGAUCCGCGGCCUGGGACCCGGCGGCGAUCUUCGACUUCGGGCGGCGCGAGGAUUGCCUGCUCUUCCGGCUCCACUCGCUCGCGCGCGGCGACGACGACGACCGCAACUGCAUCGGGUUCUGCGUGUUGGGCAACUUCCCGCGGCCGCGCGACGAGGCCGCGGCGGAGGCCCCGGAGCUGCGGUUCCAGCUCCUGGACCACGACAACUUCGCGACGUCGACGACGAUCUACGCGAAGCUGCGCGUGCUCACGAAGGCGCGGACGCGCGCGCUGUCCGUCGUGCGGAAGACCAUCGUCUACGUCUACGAGAAGCUCGACGAGGACCGCGCGCGCGGCGGCCGCCGGCAUCGGUCGUUCUUCGACGACGUCGCCUGCACGCUCUGCAGCACCGAUGGGGACGGCGACGACGACGGCUGGCGCCGCGCGGGCUGCUCGUUCCCCGCGGAGGGCAGCUUCGGCGAGGUCGCGCGGCCCAUGGUCAUCGAGAGCCGGCGGAGCCUCGACGACUUCGCGCCGGCGCCGGACGGCGACGUCGUCCUCAUCGACUGGCACCACCCGGGCGGCUGGGACCCCGUCUGGGAGUACGCGCGCGACGUCGAGUCCGCGCGCUGGUCCUACGAGCCCAAGAGCCACCGGGACGUGUUCCGCUCCACGAUCUUCCACCGCUACACGACGACGGACGAGUCGCUCCUGGGCCGCGACGUCGCGAGCCUCCACGAGCUCGCGAACAUCGAGAUCCACCCGCCGGCCGCGGAGCGGUCGGGCGGCGCCGGCCGCGCGCGGCGGGCCAUCGGCGGCGGCGGCGGCGGCGGCGGCGGCGUUUGCGACGCCCUCGUCGCCGCCGCGGCGGCCUACUCGCGCCACGACGCCGACGUCGUCUACGACUUCGAGGGCUCGCUGCAGGGCUGGGGCAGCGCCGCGUCGAGCGAGAUGCAGCUCGACGUCGCCGCGCGCGGCGGCGAGCUGCUGGGCACGGUGCGCGGCGGCGCCUUCGUCAGCGAGCCGCACCUGGACUCGCCGCCGCUCGCGCUGUCCGCCGCCGGGCGCCAGACCGUGGCCAUCCGCAUGAAGUACCAGGGCGGCGCGGCGCGCGGCGCGCGGCUGGCGGCGACGUACGGCGGCGCGGCGCCGUCGCCGGACCACUCGGGCGACCACGGCACCCACGACUGGACCGUGCGCGGGCCGCCCGUGCCCGUGGGGAACUCCGGCGGCGCCUCGGGCGACGCCGUCAACGACGGCGACGCGUCGACCGCCGCGGACCUCGCCGCGGGCGACGCGGUUGUCUACGGCUGGCGCGCCGCGGAAGCCGGCGCGCGGAAGCCGACGAAGGGCGCCAUGGCCCACGCCAUCACGGACGUGGAAAUCAUCUGCGACGCCGGCGACUGCCCCGCGUCGCUGGCGCUCCAGGCCGGCCCCAGCAACGCGAGCGCGUCCGCGGGCUGGACGACGUUCGCGACGGUCGCCCCGUCCAACGGCACGUCGUCCCGCCAGUUCCUCGCUACGGGCCUCAGCCCCGACGCGCGCCACGCCUUCUGGCGCGUCGUGGUCUCGACGGACGCGCGCGUCCGCGAGCUCCGGCUGCUGCCGUGCGUCGUCGAGGCGCGCUUCGGCAUCUCGCCGUCGCCCGACUACGUCACCUACGUCGUGCCCCUCUGGCGCCGCGCGGCGGCGCUCGGCGUCGGCGGCGACGCGCCGUCGAAGGCCGGCAGCUCCCUGCUGCUGACGAAGCUCCGGCUCUACCUCGGCGACGUCGCGCUCGCGCCCGACGAGGUCCGCGAGUACGACAUGGACGGCGACGAGGCCUGCGACGAGUGGCGGUCCGGCGACGCGACGACCUCGGACCCUGCGUCCUGGGCGUCGCCCUUCUGGCGGCUCCGCGCGGACGGCGAGCGCGUCGCGCCCUGGAUCGUCUCGGAACUGGUCAUGUACGCGGACCGCGAGUGCUCCGCCGGCGCGGCGCUCGGCGCGCACGUCGACGCGGGCCGCGCGGGGUCGCGCGGCGGCGUCGUCGCGAGCGCCUGGGCCGGCGCCGGCGACGGCUGGGCGUUGCGGGACGGCGACUGCGAUAUGGAGGACGCGGGCGGCGGCGGGCCGAAGGUCUUCGAGGCCGGCGCCGCGGCCGCGACGGACCGCGACGCGGGCGGCACCUUUCUCGGCUACGCCUUCGAGCGGGCCGUCGCCGUGCGCUGCGUCGCCAUCUGCCAGUCGAUGCUCGCGGCGAACCGCGCCGAGUCCGUGACUUUGGAGCGGAGCGACGACGGAGGGAGCUGGACGCGCCACGCGACGCUCGCGCUACCCGCGGCGGCGACCAUCGCCAAGGCGAACCCCUGCAAGCUGUCGCACACGGCCGACGACUACGACCGCAAGCGCCGCGAGGCCUACGACCGGUCCGCUCGAUUCCCGCAGGGCGGCCACGCGACGAGCGGCAGUUUCGGCGCGCGCGACGCGUUCGCGAUCGAGUCCAUCAUCCUCGCCUACCCGCCCCUCGUGCGCUCCGUGACGGGCUGCGUCGACAAGUUCUGGCCCGGCGUCGAGGCGACGCUCGGGGCCGCGCCGGUCUUGGACGACCGCGACGCGGCGACGCGGCUGAGGGACGCCUAUGUCGACGAGAACGGCUACCUGCGGCGCGGCGUCGCCGUGCUCGACAAGAUGCCCUGGUACAACGGCACGGACCGCGUGGAGCGGAGCGCCUACGGCGCGACCUUCGCCUGCCCGCGAAACGGCGGGCCGACGCUGACGAUCCGCGGCGAGCGGCUGGGCUCCGUCGACGCGCCGGUGACGGUGUCCGUCGGCGGCCGGGCCUGCGACGACGUCACCUACGUCGCGGCGCCGCCGGGCUACUCCUGGACCGCGCGCGCGAACAGCGACGAGAUCACGUGCGUCUUGCCGGCCUACGGCGGCGACGCGGCGGGCCCCGGCGACGUCGACGUCGUCGUCGCGCGCGCGGACGAGCCCGCGCUCCGCGACGCCGUCGCCUACCUCUCCUACGCGGGCGACCCGUCGGCACCCGACGCGCCGGAGGUCUUCCACGUCGCCGCGCGGUCCGUGGACCUGCGCUGGACGCCGCCGCCGUACCCAAGAUUACGAGAGGGCGCGCCGUCGAAGCUUUUGGGCGCGCUCCAGACGACGGGCUACGUCGUCCACUACAAGGUCGACGAGGCCCGCGACGCCGACGGCUUCUACACGCGCGGCGAGGACGACCGUUUGGGGUCCGGCGCGUUCGGCGCGCCGCGGGAUCCGCGGAAGAUCGAGGGCGCGCGGGACCGCUACGCGCCGGCGACGAACGACAUCUUCUCCGUCACGCUGGGCAACGUCACCACGACGACGAUCAUCGGCCUCGAUCCGGACACGCGCUACGUCUUCGCCGUCGCGGCCGUCGUCGAGGACCGGUUCACCGACCCGGACCGGAUCGACACCGUGGACCUCUACGGCCGGCGGCCGCUGAUGGACGGCGCGCGCGUCGGCCCCCGGUCGACCUUCACGAACGCGACGGCGACGCUGGUGCACGAUUUGUCCUUUUCUCAUUUUGAUGCGAACGCCACCGUGGCCCACGGCGCCGCGGAUCCGCGGUCGGGCCUCGGGCCCGGCGGCCUCGUCGGCGGCGAGGGGGCCUGGGGUCUGGUGCUCGCCGGGUCCGCCAACGUCGAGCACUGCAACGCGUCGCACGCGUGCUGCGACGCCUUCGACGCGCACGCGUUCGCGCUCACCGGCGACGGCUGCGCCGCGGCGUCCUACGCGUGCGUCGAGACGACGGCGCGCGACGCCUUCGACGUCGAGGGCGACGCCGGCCGCCGCGCGGCGCCGCGCAACGACCCGGCGCUGGGCGCUCUCAACCGCGCGGUCGCGAAGCGCAUCGCGCUCGUCGGGGACUUCUCGCCGCGGACCUUCGCGCUGCCCCUCGUGCCGACGGCGGCCUGCGGGCCGGCCGUGCGCCUCACGCCCGCGGCGCCGCGGCGCGCGGGCGCGGUCUGGUACGGCCGGCGGCUCAACGUGCGCGAGGGCUUCGACACGACGUUCGUGCUGCGGCCGUCGGACCCCUCGCGGCGCUGCGGCGUCAUGGACGGCGCGCACACGCGGUGCCGGAGCCGCGGCGGCGACGGCUUCGCGUUCGUCGUCCAGACCGACGGCCCCGCGGCGCUCGGCGGCGAGGGGAGCGGGCUGGGCCACGACGGCCUGCGGGACGCCGUCGCCGUGGAAUUCGACACGUACUACAACCCGGAGCUCCUCGAGCCCUACGAGAACCACGUCGCCGUCCACGCGCGGGGCCGCGGCGCGCCGUCGUCGGCGCACCACGAGGCCGCGCUCGCGUCGUCCGCGCGGCUCCCGGACCUCGGCCGCUUCCCGGCGGGCCGCGAGUUCCGCGUCGUCCGCGUCGUCUACGACCCGGCCUUCGACGCGGGUUUGGCCCAGCUCGACGCCUUCGAGGCCUCGCCCGCGGCCGCGGCGUUCCUCACGAACGGCGCCUUCGCCGCGGGCGGGCUCCCGGACUUCGGCGCGGGGCUGGGCACGCUGAGCGUCUUCGUCGACGACCUCGACGCGCCCGUCGUCGUCGCGCCCCUGAACCUGGACGCCCUGCUGUCGCUCCACCACGGCCGGGCCUACGUGGGGCUCACGGCGGCCACGGGCCUCGACACGUGGCAGGUCCACGACGUCCUCCAGUGGAACUUCACCAUGCUCCGCAAGGACCCGCCGAUCGACAUGCCCCCGGUCGCGCGCCUCGCGCCGUCGGAGGAGACGGACGUCCGCGUGGGCGUCGUCGUGUUCCCGGCCCUCGACGGCGCCCAGGACGACCUCAGCGGCGGCGCCGCCGUCGCCGUGAAUUUGACGCACGACAGCGGCGCGGUCGCGGCGGCCAUCGCGUCCGCCGUGCGCGGCGGCCGGGUCCACGGCGACGGCGAGUCCUGCGCGAACACGGGCGCGGACAACGACGGCGACUGCGACGACGCCUUCGGCUGCGGGGAGGGCUGCCACCGCGUCUACGAGAGCCUCAUCUCCGGCGGCGACGACGCGGUCAAGGCGGCGAACUGCGACCAGCUCUGGGCCAUCGAGGACCUCGUCGGCGAGAACUUCCUCGCGGAGUUCGGGGCCGUGCUCUGCGGCACGGGCGAGUUCUCGUGGGACUACCCGACGGCCGCGCCGACGCCCGCGGUGGCCUGCGGCGACGACGCGGCCUGGUUCGUGUCGGGCAAGCCGUCCCGCGGCUGCGACUGGGUCGCCGAGUCGCCCGCCGCGCGCUGCGGCAAGACGGACUCCGACGGCGAGGCCGCCGACGACGCGUGCCGGGAGACCGCCGACGGCGGCGCCGUCGCCGCCGCCGAGCUCGGCUCCAGCGCCUGCGCCGACGCCUCGGCCGUCGCCAGCGCCGACGGCGCAGCCGGGCGAUCCGACAGCCUCACCGGUGCUCGCGCCGACGCCGAGGCCAUCGACCCUGCCAAGCUCUGCUCCAGCGCCUGCGCCGACGCCUCGGCCGUCCUCGUCCCCGAGCUCGACGCCGUCCGCUGCGCCAUCCCCCUCGCCGAGAGCGGCGCCGUCCUCGUUUCCGAGCUCCUCGCCGAGCGCCACGCCCAUGUCCCUCCCGCCGUCGGCGGCGCCGUCCAGCUGCCCCAGCGCGACUCCGUCUGCGGCGCCGUCCAGCUGCCCCAGCGCGACUCCGUCGACCCCUCCGAGCGCGACGCCGUCCUCGUCCCCGAGCUCGACGCCGUCUGCCGCGCCAUCGCCCUCUCCGAGCGCGACGCCGUCCUCGUCCCCGAGCUCUUCGCCGACUGCGCCUGGGUCGCGGACUGGCCUCCGAGGUGCGACGUCGUCGGGGAGGACUUCUGCGUCGCCCACGAGGUCUGCCGCCACGCGUGCGGGAACACGAGCUCGCCGUCGGCGGCGCCGUCGCUCACGGCGGCGCCGACGUCGGGCCGGCCGUCGCCGCGGCCGUCGCGGACCGCGCGGCCGACGGAGACGGCGGCGCCGACGCCGGGCCCGACGACGGGGGCCCCGACGCCGCGGCCGUCGCCUCGGCCCAGCCCCGCGCCGACGGCGGCGCCGGGGAACCCGACGGCGGCGCCCGUCGCCGCGCCGACGCCGGCGCCGUCGGAGUGCGCGGACAGUUCGUCCUGGUACAAGAAGGGCGACCCGUCGAAGGACUGCGCGUGGGUCGCGGCCUACGCUCCCCGGUGCGGCGCGAGGGGCGAGACGACGUUCGCGUUCGCGGCCUGCCGGCUGGCGUGCGGCUGCUCCGCGCCGCCGUCGCCGGCGCCGUCGCUCACGCCGCGGCCCUCGGCCCACGGCGCCCGGGAGGACGCGACGGCGCAUCCUUCGCCGGUGCCCCCCGCGGUCGCGCCGUCGCCCGCGCCGACCGCGUCCGCCGCGCUGCUCAUCGAGCCGACGGAGCUCUACGUCGUCACGGUGCGGCUCGACUUCGACGCCGACGACGUCGCGGCCUGCGGCGCCGACGCCGUCGUCGUCGGCGACUCCGAUCCGCUCACGUCCGACGUCGUCCGGGACAUCCUGAACCUGACGAGCCCCUCGAGCACGCUCGACGUGACGAUCGCCCCUUGGUGGACGCCGCGCCCGACGACGCCGUCGCCCACGGUCGCCCCCGGCAACCCGACGGCCGCGCCUGUCGCCGCGUGCGUCGAGGCGACGGCCGCGCUCUUCGAGAACGGGUCCUUCAUCGGCGCCACGGCCGACGCGCCGCCGCCCGUCGUCACGUCGAACAACCUCGGCGGCGUCGGCCCGAACGCCAGCGACGCCGAGGAGCUGCGCGUCGCCGGCUACUACGCGCGGCGCUUCGAGAACGCGUCCGGCGCCGACGCGGUCGUCGUCGCGGAUCUCGUCAUCGUCGCGCUCGACGGCACGUACGAGUCGACGGACCCGGCCGUGAACGGCGUCUGGGGCACGGGCCGCACGGCCCUCGUCAACGUGCUGGACAACACGACGGCGAAGCUGUCCGUGUCCCUCGAGGCGACGGCGACGCGCGCGGCGAUGCCCUUCACCGGCGACGCCGACGCGCUCAUCAUCGCCAUCCUCGACGUCGACGGCCAGAAGGACGACCGGAAGCAGCGCGAGAGCGUCUGCGUCCAGGACGACGACCUCGCGGCCUACGUCGUCCGCGGCGGCGACCGCGGCGAGGUCGCCGUCGUCAAGUCGAACGCGUCGUGCGACGGGCGGACCCAGGAGCCGUCGACGACGUUCCUCUCGACGGCGCCGGGCUUCCUCUGCGACAACCCGGAGCGGAUCCCGGAGCUGGGCGUCGUGACCUGCGCGGGUUGCGACCAGUGCGCCGAAAACCCGGACCUCGAGCGCUACUUCCCCGUCGACCAACGCAGCCGCGCGGUGCUCCUCGCGUUCCCCCGCGACUUGUCGACGUUCGUCGUCCACGUGGGCGUGCUCUGCGACGACUGCGUCUUCGACGGCGGCCGCACCUUCAACUUCGCCGCCGUCGUCGGGCACACGGACGGCCUCUUCUGCGCCGCGGCGGCGAAGCGGGCCGCGGGCGACGAGUCCGCGGGCUCCUGGGUCGGCGCCUGGGACGCGGACUCGUCCGACGACGAGCCCGGACGGCGGCGCCUCGCGGGCGAGGGCGCGGCGAUCGAGGUCUUCGCGCGCGUCGCGGGCGACGACGUCCUGCGCCUCGCGCUGUGCCUCGCGGGCGGCGGCGCCGUGCGGUCCGUCGCGGCCCUCGUCGGCGACGUCGUCGCCGCGGGCCUCGAGGCGGACUACGGCGUCGACGCGGCCGCGCUGUCGGUCGCCGCCGACGACGUCGACGACACCGUCGCGCCGACGGGCGGCGGCGGCGGCGGCGGCGGCGGCGGCGACGCCGACGCGGCGCGCGCGAGCCUCGACGACGACGACGACGACGGCGCGCCGCCGGCGCCGCCGGCGCUCGACGCCGCCGCGGUCCUGGGCGGGCUCGGCGCGGAGCGCUUCGUCGACGACCUCGUGGACCUCGGCGGCGGCGAGCUCCUCCCGCGGCUCGCGGACGACUGCUUCGUCGACGACGGCGGCGCGGUCCUCGCGCCCCGGCCCGCGGACGACGCCGCGGUCCUCGUCGAGGACUGCCUCGUCGACCUCGACGCCGGCGGCCCGCUCCUCCUCGCCGCGGACGACGCGGACCGGGUCGGCGACUGA